GUAUAAGCUGGUUGAUUUCAUAAAAUAUAAAAUGCAUUUAUUUGCUGGACAAUUCUGUUCCUGUCGAUAGCCGCUUUUGUGGGAACUAUAAAUCAAAGUCCUCUGAUUUUCAUAAGAAGCAAAACGAUACUGAAUCCCUUAAAAAACACUUCACUUUAGCAGUUUGUUUGAGAUUUUGUCCUGUUUUUCCGAUCGUUCCCUUGGCAGCUAUUAUAUGAUCUCGAAAUGCAAAUAUAAAACGUCUAUUUUGGUUUACUUUAACCUUCUUUACUUACUGUGUUCGGAUCAGGUUUCUGAAUGCAAUAUAUUUUUAAUUUUAUGGGGAGUUUCAGAUGUUCUGAGCUUGUUCUGCAUAAAUAAACAAAUGCAUACCUACAUAUAUGUAUAUGAAGAUGUAGCGAAUCCUGCGUGACUUUGCUCUCUUGACAACCAGCGUUUAAUCAAUACAUUGUGCUCCAUUAUUUUGGCCGUAUUGGCGGCACCUGAUUAAUGGGUGAUACUCACUGACUCAGUGAGCAAAAAAUGGCCAAGAAGGGAGGAGUGCAGCAGCUCCAGGCGGACAUAAGCACCGACGAGGAGUUCGAGAAGUUUCUGCUGCGACCCGGAUUGCUGGUGCUCGACAUAUACUCGGAGUGGUGCGGCUCCUGCCUGGGCAUGGUGGGCAGCCUCCGGAAGAUCAAGCUCGAACUGGGAGGCGAUAACCUGCAGCUGGCCAUCUGCAAGGCGGGGUCCAUCUCCUCCCUUCAGCGGUUCAACAAGAAGAGUGAACCCACCUGGAUGUUUGUUACGAACGGCAAGGCAAUCAACAUCAUGUUCGGCACGGACGUGCCCAAGCUGGUGGUCAUGAUCACCCGGAUGCUGCAGUCGACGCUGGCCAAGGAGUCGCACGUGAGCUACGAGAUCACCGAGCUGCAGCCGAUCGAGCUGGAGCAGCUGGAGGUGCGCAACAAGGCGCUGCGCCUGGCCGAGGAGAUCGAGCUGGCGGAGAGCCGGCGGAAGAGGCUGGAGUACCUGCACAGCGUCACCGACUGCAUCAUGGCCAACCUGCCGGACAUCGGGAUCACGGUGUUCGGGCCGCAGGUGAACCGCGACAUGUUCAAGAAACUCUCCGAGCCGGCCGAUCCCCUCAAGAUCCAGUGCAAGGACCGCAAGGUCUUUCCCAUCACGCCCGGCGACUUCGCCACGGUCAACUUCGCAGCCGAGAAUCCCCUUGCGCCGGAGGUCAUCGAGCUGCUCCACGACAAGGAGCUGCUCAUGUGCUUCUGGAAGGUCGAGGAGGUGCUGGGCACUCCGCCCUCGGUGCUCCGCCAGUACGCCCACGAGCUGACCAAGGAGACCAUCAAGCCGCCGGACGAGUUCAACGAGGAGGAGAUCACCGUGCCGCCCAUAAUUGUGCCGCUCGAGGUGAGCGUGGAUGUCCCGGAGCCAGAGCCAACGGAGGAGGAGCAGGAGGAUCAGAGCGCUAAGCUGCUUGGGGAAGGCGAGGAAGUGGAUACGGAGGCGGACGCAUCUCCAGUUCCAGUUCCUGUUCCAAAGCCCGAGCAGAAGAAGACCAAGACCAUCCGAAUACCCCCAAUCUGGGUGCCCAUUGACCAGCGCACCCAUGCCGCCCUCAUCUACACCUACUUUCGGGCCCAGACCACGACCUUUCUUCCGCCGGAUCCCGUGCCAGAGCCUCCGCACAUCGUGAUGAUCUUCGACGCCUACAAGAAGAAGGAUCUGGCUAUCCUUCUGGACACCUGUCGCGAGGACAUUCCACUCUACGGCUUCUUCAGCGGCGAGAAUCCACUGACGGCCACCUUCUUAGCCAAUUCGGUGGAUAAGUACAAUGCCAAGCCAUAUGUGCCCACCGACAAGAUCGUGCUCAAGGUGAACAAGGUCAGCAGUCCCACCAUCCCCACUCUGAUGGCCUACGGUCCCAGCUACGUCAGCACCAACUCGGUGGUGGGCCACAAGGAGGCCUCCCAGUUCUUCCCCGCCAACUACAAGUCCGCCUUGCAGGAGGAGGAGGAGCUGCACGCCGUCAAGGCCGAGAAGCCCAAGAAGCGCAAGAAGAACAAAAAGGGAGGCGAUCCCGAGGAGAGCGGCAAGGGGGACGCCGGACUGGCGGAUGCGCAGCAGGAGGCGGACGAAGCGGUGAAGACCUCGCCGGAGGAAGGCGCCUCCACGACGAGCAGUGGCGAGGACAGCUGCGAUAGUCGACCUGCCACGGCCGAUGGCACCAAUCCCGAUGGCCCCAAUCCACAGGCCACAUAGACGUGGGAAACCUUACAAUCGACUACACAUUGCUAUCGAUAAUCCAACUGAAUGGAAAUCAGCUGUUCUCUCGUCACGAACGUGACGACUUGUAAAAUUAAAUUGUAUAAUUGCUGUAUUAAAACACAAUCUAG